CCUGCUUCCAGCCUCUUUCCUCUGUGCUCAGCCAAGCAUCCCGAGUGCUCUGCUGGUGCUGCUGGUGCUGCUCACUGGGACUUUUAAACUCACAACCUGGCAACCCACAGCUCGGCUGGACCAAAAACACAACAGUGAAGCAGCGUUAGACCUUUACAGGUGGGACUGUGUCUCUACAAGAGGUGAAACAUGAUCAGGUGGGCUGUGCUGCUGUUGUCAUGUCUUAGCAUCAUCUCAGCAACAUUUGAUUACAUUUAUGAGGCGAACUCUUUUAUGGAUCCAGAGGAUGUGCUGAGUGUGAGCAUUCCACUGGAGGGACCACAGCGCCCUCUGCUGGGCGCAUCACUGGAACUCCCAUGUUACUUUGCGGACCACACCAUCCCAGAUCCCGGAGCUCCCAUCAUCGCCCCUCUUUCUCAUCGCAUCAAAUGGAGUCUUGUAACCAAAGAAAAGGUCACAACCAUCCUAGUGGCGUUGAAGGGGCAGGUGCAUAUCAACGAGGGCUACCUGGACAGAGUUCAUCUGGUGAACUACCCCGAGACUCCGACCAACGCUGGCAUCAAGAUCUCAGAGCUGCGCUCCAGUGACACAGGAGUGUAUCGCUGUGAGGUUCAACACGGCAUUGAGGACGACCACGACGUUGUACACGUCCAUGUUCAAGGUAUUGUGUUCCACUACCGGCCCAUUAUGGGUCGCUACACUUUGACCUUUGAAAAGGCGAAGGCAGCAUGCGCCCAGAACAGUGCCGUCAUGGCUUCACCUGAGCAGCUCCAAGCUGCCUAUGAUGAUGGUUUCCACCAGUGUGAUGCCGGUUGGCUUUCUGAUCACACAGUCAGGUACCCAAUACAUGAUCCUCGUGUGAACUGCUAUGGUGACAAAGAAGACCUGCCUGGUGUCAGGACGUAUGGCGUCAGAGACCUCAACGAGAUGUAUGAUGUGUACUGCUUUGCUGAGAAGAUGACAGGGAAAGUUUUCUACACUGCUUCUGCAGAAAAGUUCACAUUCUCAGAGGCUGUGGAGGAGUGUUCUAGCCAGAGAGCUCAACUGGCCACUACAGGUCAGUUAUACCUGGCCUGGCAGGGUGGGAUGGAUGUCUGCAACGCCGGCUGGCUGGGAGAUAGAAGCGUCCGCUAUCCCAUUAAUAUUCGUCGGCCGCAGUGUGGAGGAGGUCUGCUGGGAGUACGAACUGUUUAUCUCCACACAAACCAGACAGGAUACCCACUUCCUGAGUCCCGCUAUGAUGCUUUCUGCUACACAGAGUUUCUAGAUGAAGAUGGUUCAGGCAGUGGGGAGGGAAGUGACGUGUUGAGUGUUACCACAGUGACACAGAGACCAGAGGUGUUUUUCAGCAGGACAACCACAGAGAGUGAAGCAGCUGGAGAGGUGGAAACUCAGCUGCCCCUUCAUGUGAACACCUACACAGAGAGCCCCACCGUGCUGCCUCUGCCUCAGCCAACAAAUGUCACGGAGAUCAUCACCGACUUUAUAGAAGCGGUUACUGCCUGGCCGGAUGUGGGCAAGGAGCUCGGUGAAAGCUUUGAGAUGCCUCCAUCUGGGGUGGUCUUUCAUUACCGCUCAAGCGCUGGCCGCUAUGCCUUCACAUUCAUCGAGGCGCAGAUGGCUUGUCAGAGUGUCGGAGGAUCUAUCGCCAAGCCACAGCAGCUGCAUGCAGCAUAUGAGGCUGGGUAUCACCAGUGUGACGCAGGCUGGCUUCUCGACCAGACUGUGAGGUAUCCCAUUGUUUUCCCAAGAGACAAGUGUGCUGGAGAUCUUGGAGAUGCACCUGGAGUUCGGUCAUAUGGUCUGAGGCCAGCAGAUGAGAGAUAUGAUGUAUACUGUUAUGCUGAGGGAUUCAAAGGAGAGGUUUUCCAUGUGGGAUCUGCUGAAGGUUUCACCUACAAUGAGGCUUCUUCUGCCUGCCAAGAGCAUAAUGCAGUGUUAGCAUCAACAGGAGACCUCUACUCUGCCUGGAAAACGGGCUUUGAUAAGUGCCGUGCAGGCUGGCUAAUGGAUGGCAGCGUCCGUUAUCCCAUUAACAACCCCCGUGCUGAGUGCGGAGGAGGGAAAUCAGGAGUUCACACCAUGUACACUCACUCCAACCACACAGGCUACCCUGAACCUGAUGCCAGAUUUGAUGCAUACUGUUUAAGAGUGGACAUUCUGCUAAUUGCAAAUGAAACUGGACUGAACAUCACUGACAUCCAAGAGGCUUUACUAAACCGAACAUCAGUCACUGAUUUGUUAAGGCUUGACGUUCCCCCCAUAGCCCCUCCCAUCCCCGUGGAGGUUUCAGGCUCUGGCUCUGGCUCUGGCUCAGCAGGCUUUGGUUCAGGCUCUGCAGGCGGUAGCAUCUCUGGGGAUCAUUCUGGGGAUGUGUCUUCCUCCGGAGAUGUGUCUGGUUCUGGAGAUAAGAUUAUUUCUGGUUCUGGAGACCUGUCUGGUUCUGGAGACUUGGCAGGCAAAGCAAGUGGUGAUCAUUCUAGUGGAGGAUCAGGUUUUAGCGGUACAGAUACUUCUGGAUCAGGUCUCAGUGGAGAAGGAUCUGGCAUCACUGUUGUUUUCCCAGGAAUCAACAGCUCUUUCUCAGGAGAGGGCUCAGCUUCAGGAGGACUUCAAGAAGCUGGAAAGGGGAGCACAGAAAUCCUGAUCUUCCCUUCAUCUGGUUCAGGCUCUGGAGAUCUCAGUGGUAGUGGGGAUCUGUCCUGGUCUGGUUCUGGAUCUGGCUUUGACUCUAAAGUCAGUGUCUCCUCCAUAGACAGCUCUGGGGAAAGUGGACAAUCCUCCAGCAUGUCGUCUGGUUCCAUCUCAGGCCAGGACUUUUCUGGAUUCAGUGGUUACUCUUCAGGAUCUUCCUCUGGAAGUGGAAGUGGGUUUUCAGGAGACUUUCCAGUAAGUGGGGAUGCUCAGAUCUCAUUGAUAGAUGAAAAACUGAUUGAUGCCUCGGUUACCCAGAAGGAAUAUGAACUUGGUGAAGGCCUGCUGGUGUUCAGUGGUUCUGGAGACUUUUCAGGAUCAGGGAGUCUCAGCAGUGGCCUCAGUGGAUCAGCCUCUGGAAGUGGUUCUGACUUUUUCUCUAGCGUGACCCUUGUGGGUUCAGGUUUCACUGAACUUAGCGUGUCGUCUGCUGGAGGGCACGAGGAAGCCUCUGGGUUUCUAUUCUACAGCUCUGGACAGGGAAGUAGUGGACAGUUGUCUGGAUUUGGAAGCUCACAUUUCUUUUCAGGGUCUGAACCUGGAAUGUUUGGAUCAGGACUCUCUGGAUCUGGAUCUGAGUCCUCUGCAAGUGGAGAGGAAGGCAGUGUUACGUUCCUGACUGGAGAUCUGUGGGAGACAUCUGAAGGUACCAAGCUGUCUAUGGAGCUGGGUCAGGGCUCCGUGGAGUACAGUGGAGAGGGAAGCAUUGGCAGUACAGAUUUUUACUCUGGCGGCGGAGCCAGUGACUCAUCCACCACCAGCAACAUCUUCUCAGGAACUUCUUCUGGAGAACCGCUUCAGGUGGUGAUCCCCUCUCCACCCAGCAACCAGGCACUGACACAGAGUACUACAGAACCAGACGAGGAUCUUCAAGGGGGCUCUUCGCUGACAGAGCUGCCCAGAGACAGUUAUGUAACCCCCGGCCCUGCAGGACUGAUGGGUCUAAAACCAGUUUAUGUACAAACACCAACUGUUGUAGCAGGCUUUAACCCAUGUGAACCCAACCCCUGUGGUAAUGCCUCCUGCACAGCAGAGGAUGGAGUUGCUCUCUGUCUUGAGGUAGAUGUGUGCCAUCCCAACCCUUGUGCCAACGGAGCCACCUGUGUGGAGAGUGCAGACUCUUUCAAAUGCUUAUGCCUACCCAGCUAUGGAGGAAAACGCUGUCAGAUCGAGGAGCAGCUGUGUGAGGACGGCUGGACUAAGUUUCAGGGAAACUGCUACCUGCACAUCACGGACAGAGAGGAGUGGCUGGACGCAGAGCAGCGCUGCCGUUACCUGAAUGCUCACCUGGUCAGCAUCAUCACGCCAGAGGAGCAACAGUUUGUCAACUCUAAUGGACAGGACUACCAGUGGAUUGGACUGAAUGACAAAACAGUGGAGAACGACUUCCAGUGGACUGAUGGCACUCCGCUGCAAUAUGAGAACUGGAGGCUGAACCAGCCUGAUAACUACUUUAACUCCGAGGAGGACUGUGUGGUAAUGAUCUGGCGUGAGAACGGCCAGUGGAACGAUGUGCCCUGUAAUUACCACCUACCGUUCACCUGCAAGAAAGGUCCAGUCUCAUGUGGAGCCCCUCCAGAGGUGGAAAAUGCGUACAUGUUUGGUAACAAGAAGCUGGAGUACCCCGUCAGCUCCAUCAUCCGUUACCAGUGCAACCCAGGAUUCAGACAGCGCCAUAUACCGGUGGUCCGCUGUCAAGCAGACGGGCAGUGGGAGAAACCUCAGGUGGAAUGUACUGAUGUGAAAGCCAGAAAAAGAAUACAGCAUAGGCGCAGCAGGAGUCCCACAGCCAGGAGCACUAAGAAAUAAAACAAAAGAGGAAUUUAGUAUUUAAAAGGAACAUUAAUCUUCAAAAAUCUACUUUAGUAAAAACUAUUUUUUAAUGCCCAUUUGUGAGGUGCAACAUCAUGAAAAUGUGAUUUUUCUUUUUCUAUUUCCUGACCCUGAUAAUAUAUUUUAGAUAAAAACUAUUAUUUUAUUGCUCUACAUUCACUUUUAAGGUGUGUUUAUUAUGUAAUUCUUCAAUUAAAUCAUUGAAUGUUUCACAUUUAUCUGUCAAAUACUGUUGGAUUGUAUUUAAAGUUGACAGUCUGAGCUCAUUUCGGCCUGUCACUAACGUCUGUUCUCAGAGUUGCUGAAGUUUGAUUAUUUACUCCAUCUGAAGAUGCACUUUGCUGCUGUUUGGUCCUGAAAUAAAGUGUGCAAAACAUGCAGAGAAUAAGGCAAUUCGCCACAGGACAAACAGACGUCUAAGUUUCUGUUAAUGUAAAAUGAGAGAAAACAUCCCUGAGAAAAAUAAAGCAAGGAGUUGGCAGUGAACAUCCCAACGUUGCAUCCCGACCCACCCACAAACAGCACAGCUGGAGUCAUUGAAGAGCUUCACCCCUUGAAGGGUUUUUUUAAUUCUCUUUUUAAUGCUCAUUUUCAGUAUCCACAAGAAUAAGCACAAAUGAACAAAAAAAAUCUGAUUUUGCACCUUUUCUUACCUCUUCUCCAGUCUUCAUGCUCUGCUAAGCAAAAAUGCCAAUCAGGCUGUUUACAGCUCCAUCUUCUCACCUCAGUCUUAGCCAGAAGGCAUAAAAUAUAACAUCAGCUGGCGGAUGAUGAAUUCCAAAUUUGUUUUAGAAACAUUAUCACUAAUCUGAAAAUGAACCGUCUGCCUUUGUGGAUGUUAAGCACAAAAUAAACUCAUAAAUCAGAUCAUCAAUAAACAUGAAACAACCAAGAAAACAAUGAGCCUCAUGAGGGUGCGCAGUAGUUUCCAAUCGACUGGUAAACCUUAUUAAAAUGAUCUCUUCAGCUACUGUAGGAACUCCAUGUGUUUAAAAAAAAGAAAAAGAAACUUUGUUAAUGCUUUAUUGCUCAUUAAAUAACUAUUUAAUUAACUCUUGAUAUUCUGCUAUGCUUAAUUGUUAGAGUUGAAGAGAUAAUGCACUCUUAAUUUAUGCAGCUUCAUUUUCAUCAUAAAGACUUGAGCUGACUUGAACAGCUCUAAAACUAAACAAAUGAGAAUUCAGUGAAGAAAACCAUACCGUAAAACCAAUGUUUUGCCCCUUGUGUUAAUUUAUUGAGUCUCCUCUUGGUUGAGUUAGUGACUUUUACACUAGAUUCAGACCACAUCAGCACCAGCAACAUGAACCCCAAGUCUAACAUUAAGAGGAUAACUUUCUCGAGACCUGCAGCUUGUCAUGUUGACCGUUUGGAGUAUUUUCUUGUUUGUGUGUUUUAACUGAUCACCUUCCACCACACUGUGCAGUGCACGGUUACUUUGUGGAGCAAGUGUAAUAAUCCUGUUUCUUAUUUGUAGCCUCAGAGGAAAAACCUCACUGUAAACCUUCAACUUUUGACUGCUUUCAUUUGUUCACUUGUGUUCUGUCAUGAUUGCUGAAUGUGGGGGCUGUGCCUCUUUCCAACAUGUUGUCACCUGCUGCAUAAUAAACCAAAGACUGAAA